GAUGUAUUAGGACUGUUGCUGAAGCCAUUCAGGAGAAGAGUAAAACUUGUUUUCCAUGGAGAAAAGCCUUCAGAGCCGUUCUUUGCUCUUCUUUCACUGAAGAAAUGUUCUGAUAUAACUGCUGCUAUAUAUAUAUUAGACAUACAUUCCUGUGGUACCCAGACAUUAACUGUUUAUACCUGUAGCAGAAGUUUUCAGAGUGUGACAGCUUGAACCCCCUCAGACCAAACCCCCCACCCCCCUUAGCUGCUGUUGUUUCUACCUGACUCGUCUGCUGGCUUCAUGUUUACUCGUCAUGAUCUUCUCAUCUAAUUCUCUGCAAGGACGCAAACUAGCAAACAGGAAAUUAGUAAGUGGUUUGCUGCCUAAUAAGUUUUGCCUGCUGAGCUCAGGCAGACACAUAAUUCAAUUGAUUUAGUGAAUCGAUGAUGGUCUAAACAUUUAUUUUAGCUGAAACCUUCAACAUAUUUCCCAAAUUGUCAAACUAUUUUUAAUGUUGAUGUUGCUUUGUUGUGCCCACUUCACUGUAAGUGGAGGAAGAACUCAUUACCAGGCUAACAGCAAAUGACAAGUUCAUACUAUCACCCAUUCACUGUGCACAAAUUCAUGUUCUUAUUUGUUUUCCCUUAACUUGCCUUGAAGGACCGAACAUGUGAAAUCCCAGGUGAGUGAUGAUGUCACUGAUCUCUGUAUCUGUGACGUGUGCUGCUACUUUUUAUGCCUCAGUAUUAUUCAGAAGGUUUGAUAGAGUAACUUCAUGUUGACCUUUAUGGUUCAAACAGUGCAGCAGACAGAGCAGGAGGUGUAGGAAACAAAAGAGCUGCAUAACUAAAGAUGAACCAAAAACCCAAACGAUCCAGAACACAAAGAAAUUCACUGAACCAUGAUGAAACACAGAAAAGAAGAAAAGCCUCACAUUGCUGGAGCAGCUGGAGCCAGUGAAUGUUUGGCAUUUUUAUGAUAAACGGCAAAAUAUUAAUCAUGCAAAUAGUUUUCAAUCGAUCAAUUUCUCAAUUAUUCAGUGUAUCAUUUCUGCUUUACUUUAGUGCAGAAGAGAAUGAUGCAUUUAGUACAUUUAAAACAAAAACCAUGUCGAGAUAUGUUUUACUGCAUCAUGAGUCCAGACUCUGCAGGUGUCAGGUGUAUGUGUGCCGCUGUCAUGAUCGUGGUCUGAAUAUCAGAAAUACUGUUUCCAGUGAGGAAGAGUUACUAAAUACCUGGAAGAAGGUGAAAAUGUAUGAAAUGUCAUGUCCUAUCACACUCCCGGAAGUUUUUCUCCCUCUUAUGCACAUUGUACUGAAUAUUUACAAAGAGGAGAGGGAUGAAAGUGACAUUUCUCCUGCUGAGACUUGUUUUGAAGCUGUUCUUAACUCUGUUCGCAGGUGCAGCUGCAGAGCCUUUGAUCACCAUAGUUGAUACCACAAAGCUCGGGGUGCGGCUGAAGUGUGACGUUCGAGGUUCUUCUCCACAGCCGAAGCUGCAGUGGAAACACAGUGAUGGAAGCGUCCUUCCUGCUGAAGAACCACAGGUCUCAGAAAGAGAAAACCGCUUCAACGUCACCCUCUGGACUACUGUGACCAAGACCACAACCAACCGCUUCCACUGUGUAGCCUCACAGGAGGAGAUCGGACACGUGAUACAUGCUGAGGUGGCUGUGUCAGAGAAACUGUUUCAGGACAAACACAGCAGUCUGCUUGUCAUAGGAUUGGUCGCUGGUUUCUUUCUUGGAAUUGUAGCUGUUUUUGUAGUUCUUAGUUCUAUUUUUCGAGCUGCAAAACACAGAAAAAUACUGUGUUACAAAGGGUCAGCUGUCAAAAAAGUGGUCGUGACAGAAGGGAGCGAUGUCCUUUUAGACUGUUCCCUCAGCACCAAGCAGAACAUUGUACGAGAGCUCUUUGUCUGGAGGAAAGAUGAUCAGAAGGAGGUCUUCAUGUGUGAUGCAGGACUUCAUGACAAUAACGGGCGAGCAGGUCAGGAUGAGCAGUUCAAAGGUCGCGUCUCACAUUUUAGCGAUGAACUGAAGCACGGCAACGCCUCCAUCAUCAUCAGAAAUACGACAAUGGCUGACAGUGGAGUCUACACCUGUGAUUUUCCACGUCUUCAGCGUACAUUCCACAUUAGGCUUGUUGUUGCAUUUCUCUUGAAAGACCGAACAUGUGAAAACCCAGGUGCAGCUGCAGAGCCUUUGAUCACCAUAGUUGAUAUCACAAAGCUCGGGGUGCGGGUGAAGUGUGACGUUCGAGGUGCUUCUCCACAGCCGAAGCUGCAGUGGAAACACAGUGAUGGAAGCGUCCUUCCUGCUGAAGAACCACAGGUCUCAGAAAGAGAAAACCGCUAUAACGUCACCCUCUGGACUACUGUGACCAAGACCACAACCAACCGCUUCCACUGUGUAGCCUCACAGGAGGAGAUCGGACACGUGAUACAUGCUGAGGUGGCUUUGUCAGAGAAACUGUUUGAGGCCACACACAGCAGACUGCCUGUCACAGGAUGGGUCGCUGUUCUCUUGGUGGUUUUAGCUGCUGUUGUAGUUCUUCUUUUGCUUCGAGCUGCAAAACACAGAAAAAUACUGUGUUAUAAAGGGCCCGCUGUCAAAAAAGUGGUCGUGCCAGAAGGGAGUGAUGUCAUUUUACCCUGUUCCCUCAACACCAAGCAGAACAUUGAACAAGAGCUCUUUGUCUGGAGGAAAGAUGGUCAGAAGAACGUCUUCCUGUAUGAUGCAGGCAUUCUUUACAAUAACGGGCGAGCAGGUCAGGAUGAGCAGUUCAAAGGUCGCGUCUCACAUUUUAGCGAUGAACUGAAGCACGGCAACGCCUCCAUCAUCAUCAGAAAUACGAUGGUGGCUGACAGUGGAGACUACACCUGUGAUUUUCCACUUCUUCAGCCAAGGCAAACAUUCCACAUUAGGCUUGUUGUUGAGUCUCGUCUUGAAGACAUCUAUCCCGACAUGUUUCCAGACAUGGUUUGAAGGAAAGACAAACUUUUGUUACAGAGAUAAAAAAGACGUCCACUCCUGAUGAAGAUGUUUGUUUGUUUGUUUGUGUGUGUGUGCGUGCGUGCGUGCGUGCGUGUGUGCGCAAGAUCUUUGUGAAACUUGAAUGUCCAGUUGCUGUUAAGACUUUGUGACUUUUUUAAUGAAUCAGAUGAAGCUACAACUGAACAAAACAGGUAAACUAUGUGAUAAAGAAUGAGAUAACAAAACUUAAAAAGGGAGGUGAUUAAGAGAUCAUGUUGAUUGCAUCAGAUCCAAAUGUUUACUUCCAAAAGCUCAGAGACUCAAAAAGCUGAGAUGCCCUGAAUAAUCAGGUGACCUCUCAGACCAGCAGAAACCUGGUUCUCAGGCUUCCAUUAAAAUCUCUUUUGUAUAUACAUCCAGUCUCCAAUCCUAAAACAUUGGGACACAAAUGUAAAAAACAGAAUGCAGUAGUAUGCAAAUCACUUUGGACCUACUUUCUACUGAAAACAGCACAAAGACAAUAUAUUUAAUGUUCGACCUCAUCAGCUUAAUUGAUUUUUAUAAAUAUCUGCCUAUUCUGAAUCUGAUGCAGCAACAUGUUUCAAACAAGUUUUUGUAACACAGUGAAGUAAUGCCAAACAGUGCUGAUUCUUCAUCUUUUCAGUGCUGGUAAAGACAACCAGUGGAUAUCAUAUUUUAGACAGAGCUUAAACACAGCUACAGGUUCAGGUGUUAAUGAAUGUUGGCUUGCUUUGUUAUAAGCAAUUGUUGCCUUUUGAUGUGUUUAUAUAUUAAAUGAGCUGUUUGUA